GGCUCUUCUCUCUCUUGCCCAUCCAUCCUCUCCACAGGCAUUCACCAUGGUCGGCUUCCUGAUCCCUAUCCCCUCCAAGGUUGUGGACAACGUCUACAACGGCGGAUCAAACUUCGUCAAGUCGUACAAGAAGGAGCCUUUGCCCACCGACUUGAGCGCCACGCCUGGCGGCGAUGACAAGGCGCCGCCACCAGCCCCGGCGCCGCGGAGAAGCUCGGCCAGUUGGGGUGGCCGGGCGGCCCCGGCGCCUGCGCGCGCCGGGGGACCAGCGCGUGCAUCUGCGCCGGUCCGUCCCGCCGCCGGCACGAACAUGGAGACGUUUGGCCCGCAGCUGCUCUCGCACGUCCUCGACUCGAUCAAACUCCUCGAGACUGUCGGCCAGAUUACGCCUGAAGCUGCUCGCACCGCUGCAGCCGCUUUGGAAGGCACUGCCGACGCAGGGUAUGCCGUGCCGAAGCCUGCGCCCGCGCGUGGCGCCGCCCGCGUGCCGCCCGCUCCACCUACCGAGAUCCGUGCCACGGCGCUGUGGGAUUACGGACAGGGCGGUGAUGCGGACGAUCUCGCAUUUAAGGAGGGCGACACCGUCGUCAUUGACGAAGAAGUUAAUGACGAGUGGCUCCGCGGACGCACGAUCCCCAAGGGCCACUCGACGCCUCUGCCGAAAUCGGGGCUGUUCCCAAGCAAUUACAUCCAGCGUAUGUGAGAAGGUUAUUUGGUGUAAGCUUGUUAUUAGUUUAACGUUGUACACACGUCUGUUAUCUUGCCA